AUCUUGACCUUACAGUGUUUCAGGUGGACACACUGCCUCUGUGCUUCCACUAUAAUGAGUGUAUGUGUUCAUCGGGGGGGUGGAGGAGAUCUGAAGAUUCAGCUUAUAAUCCUACUAAUCUUACACAGGCAGAGGUCUUAAAUUGCUCCUCCUGUCCCCUUCUCAAAGGACUGAACGUUUGAGUGUGCACACACACACUCACACAGAGACACAUAGAAUUCCAGACGCUCCACUUAGUACUCAUCAGGCUUCCUCGCGUCGUCGCAGAGUGAUUCUGGGCCAGCAGCGGUCCCUCGGAGAGCCACCUAGCCGAGAGAGAGGAGGGAAGAGAGGGGGAGGGAAAAGAGAGACACGUUGGUGUAUUUAUAGAAAAACGAGGCCUCACAAUAGCCUUUUUUGGAGAGAGAAUUAUUAAGGAGCCGAGGUGCGCGGGUGCACGCGUCCCACUUUUCUGAUUACCACUGUGCUGCCGGCCCCCAGGAUGAAUCAGGAGUGAGACGCAGGACUAACUCCUCGACUCUGCCUCAGAAGCUGCACCGGCUUUUCAUGCACACUCACCCUUUUUUUUUUUAAGUCACGAGGAGGUUUUUCACACGUGCGGGGGAAGAAGAAUGGGGCUUUGACUUGUUUUGGGUUUUCUUGUUGAGGGUUGUUGUUGUUGUCGUUAAGAUUAUAUUUGGAAGGCGAUAGAGAGUCACCUGACGAAGGCCACCUGCUACCGGGGGAAGAUGAAGAAGUUUCUGCAGAACAAAAAGGGCAGAUAUUCUUUCCGGCAGAGCAAGCGAGGCUCGCGGUGUCCGUCUAAAGAUUUCUUCCUCAGCAUGCCGACGUCCAAUCAGGGCUGGCCUGAGGAUUUCGGCUUCCAGCUGGGCGGGAAUGGACCCAGCUACAUCCUGUCGGUGGAGGAGGGCAGCAGCGCUCACCUGGCGGGGCUGCAGGCGGGCGACCAGGUGCUGGAGAUCGAGGGCCAUAAUGUGUCGACACUGGGGCCGCAAGCUGUCGUCUCCAUCGCUCAGACGCAGAAGAACAUCCCGCCCAGCAUCGGAGUGGUGUCCCGCAUCCAGCAGAUGGACAUCAUUCCAGGUCCAGACGGUCGUUUUGGCUUCACCAUCGUGGGAGACUGCCCUCUGCUGGUGGAGGACUGUUCGCCCUGCUCACCCGCGGGCCGCGCGGGCCUGAGGGCCGGCGACUGCGUGAUGGAGGUGAACGGCAUCCCCGUCCGGCAGCACGAGACGGCGGCGGCGCUGAUCAAGGCCUCGCAGGGCCGCACGCUGCGCCUGGGCGUGCUUUGCCUCGGCGCCAGGCAGAAACGCAGCAGCAGUAUCGAGGACAGUCAGAUGGGAGGAGAGGGGACGAGGCUGGACCGGAAACACAAAGCUUUGGAGUUCAACAAGAAGGUCGACCAGAUCUUGGGGGACGAACCCGACGUGAAGGAGAAACUCUUUGCCGUGCUGAAGCAGUAUGCGGCAGAGAAGAAGGUGGAGUGGUUGGCCUCCGUCGUGCCGGAGAUUCUCACCACUGAGGAGCAUCGACAGCUUCUCUCCAGCAUCAGAAUCUUCAUCCCGAAGAAACACCGGCAGCGCUUCGACGAGGCCGUCAACCAGAAUGUCAUCAACCGCCUGUGCCGCAGCAAGAGCAUCAGCGAGCCGCAGGGCCGCGUGCGCCGCAGCCGCAGCGAGGACCACUCCGAGCGCCACCGCGGCUCCAAGCGGGCCAGCUCCGUGCCCAGGGACGGAGGGGAGCCCGGCGGCAGGGGCGACGCGGAGAGGGACAGCCGGGGCGCGAGGAAGUCCGUCUCCGGGGUUCCCCCACAUCCACCCAUCGGACCCAAUCAGAGGAUUGUUCGAGUUUACAGAGGGAAAAAGAGCUUUGGCUUCACGCUGCGAGGUCACGCUCCCGUCUGCAUUGACUCUGUCAUCUCAGACAGUCCUGCUGAGGAGUGUGGACUCAAACCCGGAGACCGGAUUCUCUUCCUCAAUGGACUGGACAUGAGAAACUGUUCCCAUGAGAAGGUGGUGUCCAUGCUGCAGGGCAGCGGGGCGAUGCCCACUCUGGUGGUGGAGGAGGGUCCGUUAGAUUUCUCCUCAGACCAGACCGACGCCGAAGAGUCUCCGAGCCUUCGACCCGCCACACUGCCACGCUCCAGGUCUCCAGCCCUCAGCUCUUUGCAGUGGGUCGCUGAGAUUCUCCCGCCAAGCAUCAAAGUCCACGGGCGAACCUUCAGCCAGCAGCUGGAGCACCUGCUGACCAUCCAGGAGAGAUACACCGUCUGCAAAUCUCUGGAGACUUUCUUCCAGCACCGGAACGUGGACACACUGAUCGUGGACGUGUUCCCAGUGUUGGACACUCCUGCCAAACAGCUGAUCUGGCAGUUUAUUUACCAGCUGCUGACCUACGACGAGCAGGAGCGCUGCCAGAGCAAGCUGUCGCGCUUCCUGGGUUUCAAAAGCAGCGCCGUGUUGGAGCCAGACGGCCCCGAGCACCACCGGCGGAGCAGCUCGGUGCGCGUGACGGGAACGUCGUACCGUGGAAUCACCCGAGAGAGAAGCUCGGACGACUGCAUCAUCGGGACUCACCUGGGAAUGGGAAUUCAUGUCGAUGAAUCCGGGAGCCCGGAGGAGAGGCAGUCAGGAGACGGAACCUCCUUCCCCGAGUCCCCUGACCUCAGUCAUAUGACAGGUGUGUACACAGAGCUGGAGAACGUGUACGCAGGGAAGAGUGUGUCUCCGCUGCAGGGAGGCUCCUCUGCUGAGGCCGAGAGGCCGGGACAGACUGAGGCCUACGGCCGCUCUCUCUCCCCUCUCACUCUCCCACCUCUCACAGGUAACCGUAAAUCUGGUCUGUCGCUGUCGUGGAAGGAGCCGCUGCCCACGCCCGUCUACGAGAUCCACCACCAGAGCAGCGUGGACUCCAACCCGUACGUCAGCCUGGAGAGCCCGCCCCCCGCCUCGCCGCUGCCACAGGACAGCGGCCCCAACACGCUGACGCGGUGCAAGAAGCUGUUCACGUUCUCGCGUCCGCCACGCAGCCGCGACACCGACAAGUUCCUGGACGCGCUGAGCGAGCAGCUCGGCCACCACGUCACGUCUGUGGACCACUUUGUACACGGGGAGAAUGACUAUGAGGAGAUGAGUUUCCAGGAGGAGCAGGACCUGGGCUUCAUGCCUCGUCACCUCAGCAGUGGCAGCAGCGACGAUCGCAGCAGCAGCGACGAAGCCUCCUCUCCCUCCUACUCCUCUGAGUCCGAACCCAUCCCACCUCCUCCGGACCAGAGCCCUCCGCCUCCGCCACCCUUCCAGUCCCUCAUACCGCCUCCCGUCCAGUUCACCGACCCUCUCCCGCCUGUCCGCUUCUCCCCCGAGCACAUCCCGCGCAGCCGCAUGCCGUUCCAUCCGCACCACCCCAUCAUCCCCCCGCCGCCGCCUCCUCCGAGGACGCUCCUCUCCAGCCGCUCUCCUCGACACAAAGUUCUCCCCUCCAGGGAGGAGUUGGAGAAGACUCACCAGCGCUUCCAGACCUCCCACCUGAAGCACGGCCACACCCCUCUGACCUCCUCCACGCUACGCACAUCGCAGCCGUCCCGCCCCUGCUUCCUGCCGCGGCAGCUCAGCCAGCCUCAGCCUCUGUGCCAGACGUCGUCCUCGCCCCAGCCUUCGCCUCAGCCGAUCAGGCCGAGUCAGCUCGUCCUGCAGAGGCACCACCAGCUCCACCACCAGCACAGCUACCAGGGCCCGCUGCCGCCGUCUCUCCAGGACGACGGCGCCGCCACCCAGUGCGCGAGCCAAGGCGCGACAAAGCUCUCCAAGCCUCCGGCCACGCACUCCACCCUCCCCAGCCACAAGAAGACGUAUGAGACUGCACGAAAGGAGCUCCAGUCACAGCAGGCUGGACCACCUCCUCCUCCACCGCUGCCCCCUCCCUGCGACGCACCGCCACUGCCCAAACCAGGCCACCACGCCUCAGACACCAACCACAUGAGCGUGAAGAGACUGCGCUGGGAGCAGGUGGAGAACUCAGAGGGAACCAUCUGGGGUCAGCUCGGCGAGGACUCGGACUAUGACAAGCUCACUGACAUGGUGAAGUACCUGGACCUGGAUCUGCACUUUGGGACCCAGCGCCGAUCCAUUUCUCCUCCAGAGCCAACUUUCCUUCCUGAGAGCUUUAAAAAGAAAGACGUGGUGGAGAUUCUGUCUCAUAAGAAGGCCUACGCAUCCAUCCUCAUCGCUCACCUGAAGCUCUCCCCCGACGAGCUGCGUCAGGUGUUGAUGAACAUGUCCACUAACCGGCUUGAGCCGGCCCACAUCAAGCAGCUGCUGCUCUACGCGCCCAACGACGACGAGGUCAAACAGUACGAGCAGUUUGAGCAGGACCCGGCCAAACUCAGCGAGCCCGACCAGUUCAUUUUCCAGAUGCUGAUGGUGCCCGAGUAUAAGACGCGUCUGCGGAGCCUCCACUUCAAGACGACGCUGCAGGAGAGGACGGAGGAGAUGAAGGUGGCGUACGACUACAUCUACAAGGCUUCAGUGGAGCUGAGGAGCAGCAAGAAACUGGCCAAAAUCCUGGAGUUUGUUCUCGCCAUGGGGAAUUACCUGAACAACGGGCAGCCAAAGAGCAACAGAACGACCAGUUUUAAGAUCAACUUCCUCACUGAGCUCAGCACGACCAAAACCGUUGACGGAAAAUCCACCUUCCUCCACAUUCUGGCCAAGUCUCUGUGCCAACACUUCCCCGAGCUGCUCAACUUUUCCAGAGACCUCACCACAGUUCCUCUGGCGGCCAAAGUGAACCAGAGAGCCAUCACAGCAGAGCUGGGCGACCUUCACACCACCAUCCAGGACAUCAGGACGGCCUGUCUGAAGAUCACACCCACGUCUGAGGACCACUUCGCCUCUGUCAUGAGCAGUUUCCUGGAGAACAGCCACCCUGCCGUCCAGUCCCUGGAGUCUAUGCAGAACCAAGCCAUGGAGGAGUUCUCCAAGGUGGCCUCCUACUUCGGCGAGGACGGCAAGUCCAUCAGCACCGAGACCUUCUUCGGCAUCUUUGCAGAGUUCAUAUCCAAGUUUGAGAGAGCUCUCACUGAGACCCAGACUCCAGAAAACCCCAGCCCCAGAAGCCCCAGACUGUCUUCUCCUCUGGCCUGGUGAAGACGGAAAGGACGCCCAAAACCU